AUGAUUGGAACAACAAAUCUGACAGAUUUACAAAAAUUGGAGGAAGAAGCAAAAGCAACAGCAACUAAGCACGUGAUGAAUAUGCUCCAGCGUCCAGGUCAGCUAGAAAAAGUCGAGCAGUACAAGCGCAGAAUCACCAGAAAGAAAGCUUCAGUAGAAACAAUGCUGAAAACAGCGAUGCAGAGCCAGUUGGACGGUGUAAGAGUGGGCUUUGACCAGCUGCAGACUUCCUUGUCAACCAUCGCGUCCAUCAAAGACGAAGUAGACCUGAUAGGUCAAUCCUUCGGUUCAGCACUGGAGUUGAACACGAAGCUCCAACCAGUUCAGGAAGAAAACAUGCGACACUCUCAGUACGUGACAGCAAAGGAGAAUCUGAAGCACAUUUUCACGGUACCAGAGUCUGUGGAAAAGACCAAGACAUGGAUCAACGAAGGCAAGCUGCUCCAUGCCCACCAGAGUCUGAUGGACCUGGAGAAUUCGAGGGACGACUUGUUGUACGAGUUACACAAGCUGCCGAAUCAGUCGCUGCCGGACAAAGUGAUGCUCAAGGCCUACUUUGAGGAUGUCGAGACCCUGUCACAGCUGAUGGAGAAGCAGAUCAAGCUGGUGCUGAGUCGUACUCUGAACACUGUGCGGAAAGAACCGACGGUUAUCGUCACCGCACUUCGGAUAAUCGAGCGGGAGGAGAAAGCUGAUCAAUUCGCGGUCCAGAGGUUCCGACAGUCCGGCUUCAUGCCUCCAGGAAGACCCAAGAAGUGGAAGGAUAUGGCGAUGCAGACUCUCGAGAAGUCUGUAGCUAAUCGCAUCGAGGGCACCCAGGUUGAUGAACGCGCAGAUAAUAAAAUGUGGCUUGUUCGAUACCUGGAAUUGACUCGCCAGUUGAUCCAGGAGGAUUUGAGGGUUGUAAAAACACUUUGCGGGCCUUGUUUUCCGCCGUACUAUGACAUUGUAAAUAAAUUUGUUAGGAUGUACCACGGAUGUCUUUCUCAGCACUUGAAAGAUAUUAUUGCCAAUGGAUUAGAGGGCAAUGAGUACGUGUCUCUUCUCGGGUGGAUCAUGAACACCUAUCCGGGCGCUGAUUUGAUGUUGCACCCGGAGUUGAAUAUAAAUAUUUCAGAGAUCGGUGAUCUGCUGAGCAAGGAGAUUCUUGAUGAACUUCAAGAGAAGUAUCUUAGGAACAUGUGUCAGAAUUAUGAAGAGUGGAUGAAGAAGACUCUGGAGACUGAGAAAGCUGACUGGUGGAGUGGCAAAGCACCAGAGUCUUCUUCUCAGGAUACUUAUUAUCACACAGCGGCUCCGGUUAUUAUUUUUCAAAUGAUAGACCAGAAUUUACAGGUCACCAAAACGAUAAGCAACGAACUUACAGCGAAGGCAUUGGUGGUCUGUAUCGAACAAGUCAACAAAUACGGUUUGAUGUAUCGACAAGCUAUAAUGGAAUUUAAAGCGAAACAUUUCGACGACCGGAGCCAAGUGCCUUACUUUACCCAUCACAUGAUCACGGUGGUGAACAAUUGUCUUCAAUAUGUCGAGCUGGCGCAGCAGAUGAAGCAGCUUUACUGGGUGACCAACGCUACCAGUGACGCAGCGGUAAAGUUUGAAAAUCUAUUAGCAAAUUACCAGCAGCUGCGUAACGAAGCGGUAGCUAUCCUGCUAGAAGAGUCUCUUCUGGAUCUCGAAACCAAGUUCCAAGAUUUGCUGACCCCAAAGUGGCUCAACACCUCUAUCGCGGUAGAAACUAUCUGCGUCACUCUCGAGGAUUAUUUCCAGGACUACGGACACCUGAGGGUGAAAAAUUUUGAGUACGUGAUAAAUGAAGCUCAAAAUUUAAUCGCGAAAAGAUAUAUCGCGGCGAUGCUGUCUAGAAAAAUCUCUCUGAAAAAUUAUGACGAGUGUCUGACGUGUACUUCUAAGAUAAUGAGCGAAGCGGACAAGCUGAAGAAUUUCUUUGUACGCAUUGCGCCCAAGGUCGGUAACUUUGACUCCCCUUUUGAGAUUAUUAAGAGACUCGCGGAGGUUCUUAGGUGCGAGGACGCCGAAAUUUUGACUCUGGAUCUCCAUUCAUUGGUGGAAAAGUAUCCGGAUAUGACUGACGAUCAUUUGGUUAGAUUACUGAGUCUCAGGGGAGAUAUUCCUAGGAGUGAAGCCAAAGAAAAGGUCGCUUAUAUCCUAGAGGCGCAGAAAAAUAGAACAUCUUCUUCACAAAGUAUAAGCAACAGUAUUUUUAAACAAAUUGUACUCCAGGAUAGUUUUCUGAGCUGGAAACCUUAG